AUGGACACCCCGAGACGCGCUGCGUUCCUGUGCACGAGCACAGCUGCCUUCCACCCGCCCGACUGGGCGUGUAUGCCGCUCGAAGCUAAUGCUCAUGCGCGACUCGAGGCGUUUCGCGACAAUCGACACUGUGCUACGUACAUGGUGGCGACGCAGCUGGUGAAUCUCUUCGGACGCGACCAAGAGAGCUGCGACCACGUGCUGGGCAAUCCGUCGGUCUCGAGGAAGCACGCGGCAGUGAUCCACGACCACGAAGGCGGCAUUUACAUGGUGGACCUCAUGUCGCGGCAUGGAACGUACGUGAGCCGCAAAAAGAUUCCGCCUCAUGAUCCGUAUCUUUUGCACGAUGGAGACGUGAUUCGGUUUGGACAGAGCGUCCGUGUAUACAUUCUCAAGGGUGCUGACUCGAGCGGCCACAGCGCCCCUGUGAAGAAAUCGUGGGGACGCAAGUUGCGUGUUCCACGUGUGCGUCUCAGCGCCAUGGUUUCGAAGAAAAGCCAUAGCAAGCCGAAGGCCUCGUCAGCGGCGACAAAGCUAGUGAAUGCAGUAUGCUACGGCACGCUCAAGGACGAGAAGGUGCUUGCGUUCAUAUCUGGUGUAUUGGAGCUCGGCGAUGAAGACCGAAAGGGUGUGGCGGACACGCUGGUGGAGAGGCUGCAGGCCAAAUUUGAGUUUUAUGCCAGUCAUGUCCACCGUAACGCAUUUAUCGCGACUAUGGCGCUUUUAAAGCAAAAUUUGUGCGUAGCGGAGCUUGAAGAAAACCUCGACGUUUUCACGCACAUUUCCCAGCAGCGUAACGACAACAUUUAUCGCGCCGAUGCUCGGAAGUUUUUGCAAGCGAUCGCUGCUGUCCGGCUGGACCCAUCUAACCCGCAGAUUGAUGACAUGGACUCUACUGAAGAAGACGUUUGCUCUGCAUGCCCAGUCACGGCUAACAACCGCGAUGGCAGGGAGCGAUCUAUCAGUGAUGAAGGAAAGAAAAUGGACUCAGUUAGUCAUGGCAUCCAGAAUGCCGACCGUACCGAUUCCGUGGGUGCACUUGGCGAACUUGGCAUGAGUUCCAGGGAGACUAUGAGCGACAACGUUUCUCAGACGUCGCAUCAUCUAUCCAGCAAUGGUCGAGAGUCCGAGUCAAGGUCUACAGGUGAUGAGUAUGCGCCUCCAAUCAGCUUAGUGGCUCGAAACGACACAGCACAAUUAGCUGUGAACAGCAGGAACGGGUCCGGCUUUAACUUCAUCGAGCAACAAGCGCCAGAGUCCGAUAAACCUAGCGGAUCUGCGUUCGGAUUCAUCGGGGGCUCUGAUGUUGUGGGAAACGCUGCUUCGAGAAGUAGCUCAACUGGUCGACUUCCUAGCCAGUCUGCCUCUGAAUCCAUGCACAAACAUCCCUCCGUGUCGGCGAAUGACUUUUUGGUUGAGUACCCAACGGUGGAUGGCAGUGAUCUGGGCGAAAUGUGGGAAGCAGCAAAUGAUGAAUCCGAGGAAUGGUCGGUGGAUCUUGGCUCAAUGGAUGCUCACGAGCUGGACCCGAGCGACUUGCAAGCCUUUUUGCAGUCCUAUCGAUUGUUGUGUGUAUCUAGCAAGAAGGUUGCUGGACAGCAACACUGCUUCUUUGUCGCAGAGCAGGCUGUCGAAGGAACGAUCUUUUUGGUGGACAUUUCGAUCAUGCCGGGUUUGGCCGACAUGUCAGUGACGCUGAAGUGGAUUGUCAACUCGCUUCUCUACAGAAACGGGCAUGUUAUUUUCAAGGAAAUUCUUGUGCACGCACUUCACCAGUUUGCAGCGCGAGCGCAGGCAGGGACACCCCUGCCGCCGCAACACUUACACAAUGAUGGACAAGUGCAUGAAUCAGGUCAGAACACUGUGCGACAGGUGCAACUCAGCGAACGGAAUGCUGGACCCGUCAAGACGCACCUAGCUUCGUGCACCGUGUCAUAUUCAGCGUCUCGAACAGCAUCACACGCAACAUCUCAGGAAGAUGAAGAUGAUGUCGGGGAUGCUGAGGCGGGCGUAAUGUCAGCCCGCGAUUAUUUGUGCGAGAGUCCUGUCAUUGAUGCUGUGAGAUUUGAACAGGUUUGGGCAACGGCUAUCGAAAUUGCGUCGCUCUCGUCUACACUCAACGAGCUGCCUGAAGUGGAUGAAGUUAUUGAGCUUUUUCGCGACAACCGCAUGAGCUGUUUGGCGAGCGGCUGCGUGGAUAAGCUGGUCAAGUUCUUCUUCUUCGGUGAAAUGACCGAGUUUCAGUGCGUGUUUUGCGUAGAAAUGUCGAUCGGUUUGAACACUGGUAUUCUGGAAGGUACCGUGAAGCGGUUAGCUGUCAGAGAGCACAGUGAGGAGGAAGAGGAGCACAUUGAUUCGAGUUUUAUUUGUUUCAUCGAAGAGGUCAUAGAAGAGCUUUAG